CCGCUAGGGCCCCGCGGAUUGGCUGUCCCGGCAGAGCGGCCGCCGCGCAGCCCCGCUGAGCACCCCCAUUGGCUGGCAGCCGGCGUCGCCCUCGAGGCGGGAGAUUCGCGGGGCGCGGGUCUCUGCGGGCGCGCGCCAUGGAGCGGCUGCGGGACGUGCGAGCUCGGCUGCAGGCGUGGGAGCGCGCUUUCCAGCGGAGGCGCGGGCGUCGGCCGGGCCAGGAGGACGUGGGGGCCGCGCCCGAGGAGACCCGCGCGCUCUACCGGGAAUACCGCGCCCUGAAAGAGGCCUUGGGCAAGGCCGGCGACGUCGGGCUCCGCGGCCCCGAAAAGCCGCCUUCCGCGGCGGCGGCGGAGGUGCCGGAGUCCAGCUGCUGGGGGUCUCACCUGAAUCGGGCUGCGACUCGGAGUCCCCGUCCUCAGCCAGGGCCGAGUCCCCAGGGAUCCGUCCAGGACUAUGGCCUGAGGCUUAAGGCCAAUCUCAAGGGCUCCUUGCAGGCUGGACCACCCAUGGGGCGCAUACCCCAACCUCCGCGAAGACUCUUGUCCAAGAUGGCCUCCCCAGGACCACCAGGUGCAGAGGCUGUCCCCAGCUCUCCAGAAGAAGCCAGUGAGGUGGCCCCCCAGCCUCCCAGGCCCCAGCUGAGGCCAGGUCGGCUCCAGCAACUGCGGGAGUCCCUGAGCCUGCAGCUGGCCUCUCUAGACCCUGGCUGGCUGCAGCGGUGUCAUGACAGGGCCUCUGAUUUUCUGGGGGCUUCUAAGGACUGCCAGCUUGGCCUGGGUGCAGAGGAGUUGCAGCCUCUGACUUCAGGUGUCCCAACCAUCCCUGGGCCCAGCAUGGGCCCUCAUGCACCUUUAUGGGGCCUAAAGGUUCCAGCCCUACAGGCAGCUGGAGUCAGUGUAGGGAGUCCCCAGCAUGGCAACAGUCAAGACAAGAAGCAGACACAGCGUGAGGAGGUAGAAGGGAGCCCUGCACAGGCCCAGCAGGAUGGCAACCAAGUGGGACACCCAUCUGAGAGAGCAGGGGCCAUGGCACAUGCAGCAGGCUGUCCAGGGGACCCCAGGCAAGCACAGCCUCCCAGCAGCCCCACAGCCCCGAGGUACCACAGCUUCAGCCUCCCAGCGGGGUCGCCUUGAGUUGAACCCGGGGGGAGGGCUUUGGACAUGGCCCAACUGUGCAUCCCUUCCAGGCCAGCCAUCGGGAGAGGGGGUAAUUACGUGCGGCUCAGCAUGAAGCACAAACACUACGUGCGGGGCCAGGCCCUGCGUGGCAGGCUCCUCCGCAAGCAGGUGUGGAAGCAGAAGUGGCAGAAGAAAGCGAAGUAUUUUGGGGGUGGUCAGCCCAGAGCCACAGUUAAGGAUUCUUGCUUCUGUUGUGGGCAGCACAGCCACUGGGCAUCCCAGUGCCCCCACCCCGAAUCUGUCCUUGCUGCCCAAAAGGUGGGUGGUAAGAAUGAGGAUACCGUGCAGACCCUGCCCACGUUGGAGGAAGUAGCCCAGAGUGGGGGCACUGCCUACUGCCAACUCCUUGUGGCUGAGGAAGGCACAGAGCCUGCUGGGCCUGAGCAGAUGGUGCCUAUGGAGCAGCGUGUAUCCCAGGCGCCCUGCCCACCCCACAGCGUGCUGCCACUCUACCCUCUGGGACCCUCAGGGCAGGUGGUAGAGACGCCAGCUGAGGUUUUCCAGGCCCUGGAGCAGCUGGGGCACCAAGCCUUCCGGCCGAGGCAGGAGCAUGUGGUCAUGCAGAUCCUGUCUGGUGUGUCCACACUGCUGGUGCUGCCCACUGGCGCUGGCAAGUCGCUGUGUUACCAGCUCCCGGCACUGCUCUACGCCCGGCGAAGCCCCUGCCUUACACUUGUGGUUUCUCCUCUCCUGUCACUCAUGGACAACCAGGUGUCUGGCCUGCCCCCGUGCCUGAAGGCGGCCUGCAUCCACUCAGGCAUGGCCAGACAGCAGCGAGACUCUGCCCUGCGAAAGGCUCGGGCGGCCCAGGUGCAGGUGCUGAUGCUGGCCCCCGAGGCGCUGCUUGGGGCUGGGGCCUCCGCCUGUCUGUCUCAGCUGCCCCCAGUCGCCUUCGCCUGCAUUGAUGAGGCCCACUGCCUCUCUCAGUGGUCUCACAACUUCCGGCCUUGCUACCUCCGCAUCUGCAAGGUGCUGCGGGAACACGUGGGCGUGCGCUGCUUCCUGGGCCUCACAGCCACUGCCACACGCAGCACCUCCCGAGACGUGGCUCAGCACCUGGGUGUGGCUGAGGAAUCUGUCCUCAGGGAUUCAGUCAUCAUCCCCAGCAACCUGCACCUCUCAGUGUCCAUGGACAGGGACCCAGACCAGGCUUUGGUGACACUGCUGCAGAGCAACCGUUUUCAUGCCCUGAACUCUGUCAUCAUCUACUGCAAUAGACGAGAGGACACGGAGCGCAUCGCUGCGCUGCUUUGCACCUGCCUGCCUAUGGCCCAGGACUCAGGCCCCGGAGGCCAAGUCCCCAAGGCUGUGGCUGAAGCCUACCACGCCGGCUUAUGCAGCCGGGAGCGGCGGCGGGUGUGGAAGGCCUUCACGGAGGGUCGGGUGCGUGCUGUGGUGGCCACAGCAGCCCUCGGCAUGGGGCUGGACCUGCCAGAUGUGCGGGCAGUGCUGCAUCUGGGGCUGCCUCCCAGCUUCGAGAGCUACGUGCAGGCCGUGGGCCGGGCCGGGCGGGACCAGCAGCCUGCGCACUGCCACCUCUUCCUGCAGCCUCAGGGUGAGGACCUGCGGGAGCUGCGCAGACACGUGCACACCAACGCCACUGACUUCUGGGCUGUGAAGACGCUGGUGCAGCACUUGUUCCCGCCCUGUACCUGCACCCAGCGUCCCCCAGAGCCCGAGGGGGACAAGAGCCAAGGAAAGCCUUCUGCUGAGGUCAUGUCCCCAGGGGAGGCCCAGGCCCACAACGAGCACAUGGUGCGGUGCCCUGGCCACAAGCGGGCACUCCCAGUGCAGCUGCUGGUGCAGGCCCUGGACAUGCCUGAGGAGGCCAUUGAAACCCUGCUGUGCUACCUUGAGCUGCACCCCAAGCGUUGGCUGGCGCUGCUGGCACCCACCCACUCCCACUGCCACUUGCACUGCCCCGGGGGCCCUGGCCAGCUCCAUGCCCUGGCCGGCAGGUGCCCCCCCCUGGCUGUAAGCCUGGCCCGGCAGCCACCUGAGGACACAGCAGGAGGAAGCUGCUCUGUGGAGUUUGAUGUGGUUGAGCUGGCGGACUCCAUGGGCUGGGAGCUGGCCCGCGUGCGACGGGCCCUCCACCAACUGCAGUGGGGCCCAGAGCCCAGGACAGGUAUGCCCCAGGGUUCGGGGGUGCUGGUGGAGUUCAGAGAGCUGGCCUUCCACCUGCACAGCCCUGGGGACCUGACAGCCCAGGAAAAGGACGAGAUCUGCCACUUCCUAUACAGCCGUGUACAGGCCCGCGAGCGGGAGGCUCUAGCCUGCCUGCGCCGGACUUACCAUGCCUUUCGCAGCGUGGCUUUCCCCAGCUGUGGGCCUUGUUUGGAGCAGCCAGACGAACAGCACAGUGCCAGGCUCAAGGCCCUGCUCAGCCACUACUUCAGGGAGGAAGAGGGGCUGGGGGCCAUGGAGGAUGAGCAGGGCCCAGAGCCGGGACAGGUCGGGCUCCAGGCCUGGGAGGACCAGGCCCGCCAAGACGUCCGCCGCCUCCUGUCCACGUGGCCAGAGCAGCAGUUUUCAGGCAGGGCUGUGGCCCGUGUCUUCCAUGGCAUUGGAAGCCCUCGCUACCCAGCCCAGGUGUAUGGGCGGGACCGGCGCUUCUGGAGGAAGUACCUGCAUCUGAGCUUCCCAGCCCUGAUGCACUUGGCCACGGAGGAGAUCCUGCUGUGGGGCCGCUGACCUGCCCUACAUGGGAGGGUGGGUGUGAGCAGGGGCUGCAUGGCCACAGUAUGGAGGGC